AUGAGGGUCAUAUUGCUCUUUUCCUGGCUAUACAUUCUCGGAAUAUCGCACUGCAUACUCCCCUUUGGGGAUUCCACCCUGACCCUUGACCUCUCGAGGUUCAACUCUCUUCGGUCACAGCCCAACAGGGGCGGAGUUCAAACAGACGAUGGAGUUGUUCAGGGGAUCCCGUACAAGUCCUUCUUUUUGAACAAUGGCAAGUCCUUUGGUGAGCUAACGGAGGGCAGAGUGACAAUCUGGGAGGCUGGUCAAGAUGAAAAAUGCACAGCCGUUAACUUGUACUACAAGGAGAGUGUGGAACUUCUCAGCAUAUACGUCAGAGGCAGUCAUGGGUCUCGUCUCGUGUGCUUUGAAAAAGUCGGUAGAACGUGGAAGAGCAUCUCCGAGAACAAAUUGGAGGCAAGACUGGAAGAACUCAGGACAUUACCGAUUUGUAUGGGCUCUCCAGACCGACCAAAUCCGGUCCUCUUUGAUCUCAAUGAUGUAAUUGUCACAGGGUACCACCAGACCCCCAGAGAAUAUGGACAUUUAGAGGAAACUGUAGAGCAGGGACAAAAAUCUGAAGGAGCUGAGGUAGAGGAGGAUGAAGACUCAGACGACGAAGAAUCGGAAGAUCUCACCAGGAGACUUGAAAACCACCUAUCUACAACAGUUAGAAAUUUGCUCCAGGGAAAAGGUACAAGGCAACAUCACAAUACAACUCUGGACAUUAGAAAGGCUCACGGUUCAAACUUUUGGGUUGCAGAGGCACCAAUAAAUGUGACAAUGUACAGAGGAUUCUUCCCAGAGGACGACUCCAUCAAAAAAAUAAUAGACGGUGAAACAGUCUUGUGGAGUGCAAGCGUAAGGGAUAGCUUCCAAAACGCAUGCACAUUCUCCACGCAUCAUCUAAUUCUCCUCAAGGUAAAUGCCAAGAGGGAAGGGAUAACAACUCCGCACUGUCUAGAGUUCAAAGAGGGUACAUGGAGAAUGAUAGAGUACAAGAAAUAUUCCGACAAACUUGCACAUAUUUUAACCAGAGGGGAGAAGAACAUUGAAAUUGACAUGGAAAGAGUGCCAGAAGAUUUGGGAAAUGUCCUAGACUAUGUCUCGGACGGAUAUAGAACCAUCUCCAUAUUCCCAUUUAAGCAAUUCAAGAUCAGGGGAGUCCAUUACAACUACACAAGCAUCUGGAGUUCCAUGGGUGAAGAAUUUUGCUCCUCCGCCACAAUUUACACUGAUGAAAACGUCUCCUUAUCCAGAGUAACUGUGGACGAUGGUCAAGAAAAGAGGGACCACUACUACUUGUUUUCCACCUAUGAAGGAAAUGUCGUCAAUCCAAAGUGGAAGGAAAUUACAUUUGAUGACCUUGCCGAGUACCUGAAGGACUUUAAAGACUCCCCCGAAAACCUAAAGUCUUUUGAAGCUGAACUCAAUAUUGACAAAGCUGAUGAGGAUACCGCCAGGACAAGAAUGCAUGUCAUUGACGGUGUCGUCACAAUCAAAAGGGAGCCUUUGCCAGCGAAUAGAAUUGUUAGAGUAGUAGAUUCUGAUGGUCCUAUCUGGGAAGCAAGAGAGAAUCAGAGAUGCCUCAGCUCAGAAUCCUAUUACAAAAGAGACCAUCUCACAAUCCUGAUUUUGCUUAUACAAACUGAUCAGGCGCUAGAGCUCAAGUAUCAUGAAAAGAUUGGAGAUACUUGGGGAGUUUUAAGGGACAAUGACAUUGAAGAAAAGAUCAACAGUUUGUAUGCGCACUAG